AUGGGUAAGUAAUCAUAAUUUUUGUGGAUAAAAAAGUAGAAUUUCUUAAUGUUUUGUGUAUUCUUGCGAUAAUACAGUAUGAGUGUUUCAAAUCUAUUUCUGACCUAAAGUGAUCAGUGAUAGAAACUCAAUAAUAUAUAUUUAUAAUUAUAUGGUAUCAUAUGUUUGAACACUCUAUUAACAACAAAGUACAGUUGCAGUGUGAUGAAGGAUAUACAACUACCUGAAAAAUGUAAUUUAGAAUUUCAACGUUUUGAGUGAAUGUGCUUUUCUCAAUCUAUGGUCAAAACUAUGCAGGAUGAUGGUGCCUGCCUGCCCGGUGUGAUAAUUUUAAAGUAAAAUGUGCAGUGAUAAAACUUGCAGUGAUAAGUUGUUAAUUAAAAUUAACAAGAAAAUGAGGCAACGAGCCAGUAUGGAAACUUUAGGAUGCGUGCGGAAUAAAUUCUGUGAGCAGUUUUUUUAAGAAAGUGCGCAAAAUUUUGAAAAAAGCUCGCAAACCUGAAAUUCGAGUGUUUCCAUAAUUCAAAUAUACUAGAAUGUGACCACAUUAAUGUGCACAUCUGUGGUACAAAUGUGUGCAAACGACACUACUAUUAAUCACCGUGCAAAAUUACAAAGGUUUCCAUACUGGGCAAUGAGCAGAAACACUGAACUAGAUAUUUGUCUUGACACUUAACAGCUAGUACAAUCAAAUUCAAGACAUUUUGGAUCAGAAUAACUUGAAUGAAAUUGAAAUGAUAACUGCUAAAUUAUCGAACGUCCGCACUAAUAUUCACUUAAGGUUCUUCUGAUGUCAACAAAGUCUGCCACCAAAAGAUCUCUCUAGUAUGAGCCUGGAAGAUUGAGUGAAUGAUACUUAACUGAAAUCUGUAAUUAGUGUACAAAUCUUCAGAAUUUGCUAGAAUUGUAGGAAAUAGGAUGUAGGAUGUAGAGAGCAUAGAUUACCCAGGGUGGAAAGUUUGUAGGUUGCGGCGAAGAUCUUCAGCAUGGAAAAUUCAUAAAUUUGCUCCAUUUUGGCGCAGAAUUAUGGAGGUCUGAAAUGACCUGGUGUGGCGCACAGGAAAUUAUUUACUUGUGCACACUACAACAUUCUCAACCAUUUCUGUUUGUAUUUCAGCCAUUUAAAAUUAUACAAGGGAAUUUGAUUCAGUGCUGGAAAUAAAGGAAAUAUGCUAUAAACUUUAUUUUUGUGAUUAUAUAUUAGUUUUAGUCUUAAUUGACAUAUAAAAACAAAAAAUGUAUAUUUUCUUAAAAAUUGUUAAAAAUAAUCAGGAUUAACAAAAAAUAACAUUCUAUAUUCUUGAUACUUUUUUUUCGCAUAAUGCCUAUAAAAUCCGAACGUUUAAAAAUAAGUUCGCAAACCAGCAUAAUUUUGUUGAUCAAUACUUUUUCUAUGCAAUGCAACAUUACUACUCUGGAAUCACACAGUGUAAUCAAUUUUACCGUUGAAAAACUAAAUUUUUCAAAAAUAUUGAUAAACCUGGUAUUCUUUGGUUAUACCACUGGUAUUCUGUACUGAUUUUAGUAUUUAACUUUCACUAAAUUAAGUUAGCAGUAUCCCACAGUAUUAUCAUACAACAUGACACAUCCUGGUACAAUUUGAUAAACCGUUGCUUACUUACCUCUGCACUGGUAUUCUGUGGUACACUGGAUUUUUUCCACAGAAUAUUCAAUUAAAAGAAAAAAAUUAAGUCUAUGAAAUCUUGCCCCAAAACCCCCAGGAAGAAAAAAUAUAUCGAUAGACUAUACUAAAAAAUAUCAAGGAACCAUAGUAUAUACAUUAGACAAAAGAUAUGGAACAUGUAAAUUUUUGCGGUAUUCUGUGGUACACACACCUGUAGUUGUAGUAAAAUCAAUGCUAAAUCAAGCAAUAUAUACGUCUGUUUACUGAUUUUAUUUUGCGCCUUUAGCACAGUGCAACGAAUAAAAUUGUUCAAAUUAAUGUCGAAGUUUGCGACCCAUAAUAGUCUGAAGUAAUCGAGUAUCCACACAGUAAAGUUUUAACAAAUAUUGCUGCCCAGAAAAAUGAUGGCUGAGAACAAGUGCCCUUUUGAAAUGGCUACCCCGCCGCUUCACAUUAAUGCUUCUGGCGCUCCUGGAUUGAGCACUCAAAGACCAUAUUUCAAAUGUUUAAUAGUAUCUGUUCUGUCUCACUCUAAAAGUACUGACAUUGCAACUCGGCGGCGCAUGUGAAUAUGUUUAAAACAGGAUUUGUGCAGCCACUGGCGCAUGUUACUAAACCUUGAUCAAAUCUUCUGCGCACAAAAAACAAACUUUCCACCCUGGUAGAUCACAGAUUUUUGGUGGGUGCAUACCCCUGGAACUCCUAUAGCGAAUUGUCACUAUGCUGUCAUACAUGCUGUCAUACAUAGUCGUAAUGCAGGUGCUGUCAUGCAAUGCUGCCCAGAGGGCAGAGGAGCAAUUUUCUCUGGGGCCCAGUUAAAGAGGGGGUUUCUGUAAAUCCUGGGAAAAAUGGGACCCUGGGGAGAAUGUCCCUGGACUCCCGUAAUCAUAGUGUUAAGAUGGAAUCACAAGGAACCCCAGGUCAAAUUUUGCCAUUGGGCCCCCAAAUUUAUCUGGGCGCUCCUGUCAGAUCGUAGUGAGACAAUCAGAAUGUUUAACGUUCUAAAACUCACAUUGAAAAUACUUUCUCUCACAUAAUACAAUCAAUAAAAUCGUAAAAUACAGUCCCUUGAGCAUUUAUUGAACAGACCAAAUGAUGGAAGUUCCACAACAACAGGCUACAAUUGGUAUUCAGAAAUACCAAAUCCAACAUACACUGCACAGCAAUGAAUGCAUGUCAUUCAAUCACUCCUUAGCUAUUUGAUUACCUUUCCAAAUUACAGUGUGUCACUGUGACGUAUCACUUUACACAUACAAAGACCUAUUUACGAUUUAGUUUGAAUUACGUCAAUCACAAUAUUUAUAUAUUACAUGAAGUACUGUAUAUUUACAAUUGAAUGAACUGGCAGCACUGCGGUGGGAACCUACACAGCAAAAAACGCCGAGCCCGCUGCUCAACAGGGUUGAACAAUGUUUUGCUGCCCACGUUGUUCACACUUGUCAACAAUAUUGAACAAUAUUGUUGAGCCUGAAUCGGGUGUAACAAUAUUGUUCAAUAUUGUUGACAACUGUGAACAAUAUGGGCAGCAAAACAUUGUUCGAUCCUGUUUUCAUCAAUAUUGCAACAACCUGAGCGUUUUUACGCGUGUACGACAUCCCACCCACCUUGAUUCAUAAAGAUCUGUGAAUGAAGCAUCACCUUUGUCUUUGCUUUCGAAAUUACUGCAGCAGCCCAUCUCGGACGAUCGUGCAAGACAUGCAAGGACCAGUCUGACUUAGCUACGGGGAAUCCCCUCCCUGUCCAUUCCCACCCGGCCGAGCUUGAACCUCCAAUGGGAAUAGUUUCUGUAUAGGCCUAUUUAAAUAGACUGGUUUCAAAUCCCGCUCGAGCCAACGAAUUUUUCGUUGGUUGAUUGCAGUGUCAGAUUAAUAUGAAACUAGUUUUUCGUAUCUCUGAGGAUGGUUCUGAAAUAGAAUUAAAACACUGCGCGUCCUCUAAGACAAGCGUUAAGUCGUCACGAAAAUAUUUCGUGCACUUAAAUUGGGUAAGACUCGCUACCAAUCCCUGUUGACUCGAUAGCUCAAUGGGUAGAGCGGCGGUCUAGAUACCUGAAGAUGCGAGUUCAAAUGCCGCUCGAGCCAACGAAUUUUUCGUUGGUCGAUUGCAGUGGCAGAUUAAUAUGACACUAUUUUUUCGUAUCUCUGAGGAUGGUUCUGAAAUGGUCUACCCUUGCCUGCAACCUUUACCUUGGCCCCUCGGACCUCCUUGUCCUUAUCUACAAUUAACUUUUCUACAACUGCUAACUUCCAACUACAUCUCUUUCCUUCUCCGUACACUAUCACUGCGUGCUCCACUUCCCAUUCUUAACUUCUCUCAAUCUACCUCCGUUUUUGCUUUUUAAUAUGGAACUCUCUCAACCCUGUUAGAUACUCCUUUUGCCAUCUCUUCCAGAAGUACUCUAACUUUAACCAUACAUAUUUAAAUCUCUCCUCACAACUAUUCACGUCUUUAGCUACUUCGUUCUGUGGCAUAUAGUAAUAUUAAUUGCUCUACCAUACCGGUACACGAUCAAAUUCUUCGUAUUCAUCAGUCAACGGUCUUGCAACGGUCUUGUACCUUCAACUAAAACUGUAUUAAGUUCGUCCGACGUUAACCUAGCAUUCUCUAAAGUCUUUCUGAGACACCUUUUUACGCUUCGUACCAUCCUCUCAAAAACUCCGCUUCACCAGGGUGCCCUCUCUAAGUUGAACCGCCAGGUUAUUCGCUUUGUAGCUCGGACCUAACCUUUUGCUGACUACAGUAUAUAGUUUUCUAAGAGCUUUCUCUGAUGCCUUAAAUGUCUUUGCAUCGUCCGAUACAAAAAACUAGGCGUUCCUCUUCUAGCAGCAAAUCUUCUUAAAGAACGUAAGAAAGUGUCGGCUGACAAAUCUCGUACUGUACUAACUCUUAAUGUAUUGCACGUGUCACGCAGCAUGAAAACAACGCUACAUAUACUUUGCUCGAACAAUCUGCACAAACCUGUACAAAAAGUGGACCAGCGAAAUCGAUUCCCACUUUAGAAAAUGGUGUUCCCUGUCUGACUCUUAAGUGAAACCCUGGUAAAUCUGAUACUGGUGCUUCACUUUAUGAUUUUCCUUCUAGUCUCUUGCAGAUAACGCACUUGCCUACAAUUCGUCUGCCUACAAUUCAGCCUUCCUUCCAGGGCAGUUUCACGGAAUAUCUACUAUACCUGUGAAGGUUAAGCCAUCUGCUUUCGAAGUUACAAAGGAGCGAUGACUUCCUCAUCAAACAGUACCCGGACCUCAGUCUCCCUUUCUCCCCUUAAAACCCCGCGCGCAGUUUGCAAGUUAGUACUGUGGGACUAGAUACAUAGGGUCUUGUUUAAUUAUAUCUUUACUUAUUUCCUCAUGCAUAGUUUCUUUGUUAUCAUUAUUACACAGGGCAACAUGAUGUGUGCCAUUGCAUUUCUUACACUUGGUUGAUACACUACAAGUAUUAGCCCUAUGGCCUUUAUCUAAGCAUUUAAAACAUCUGCCAAACGUACGUGCUAAAGUCUUACGUGUUUUUGGAUCCCUUACUCCUGGACAGUCUUCGUGGGCAUGUUGUUUCAGGCAGAAAGCACAGUUUUUUCGUUUCUCAUUCGUCAAGAGUGCAGCAGCAGUAUAAGGGUUCUUUCGCUGACGCUGUUGAUCUCGUUCCAUAUUUACCAUUGCAGUCGUUUCCACCGCAUUAUGUGCUUCUCUCAGUUCCAAUUCUUUUACAAAUGCAUCCACCAUUUCUUCCACCGACCAUUGUAAAAAGUCUGUCCCUCUGGUAUACCGGUGUGAUGAUGAUGAUGUACCACAUUCUGCAUAUUAUUAGGCACGAGAGGUUAAAAUCUAACACUGCUAUGAUAAUAUAUUGCUCCAUGCCAUAAAUGUUUGAUGUUUUGUACACUGUUGAGCCUCUUUUCCAUUCAUCGUAAGAUUGAACUCGCAAGCUCUCUGCAACUGUGCUUUCAUCCAAUCACAAUCCGUGAUUGUUAUUGGAUAAUUAGAUGCAAGCACUCACAGAAAGCUUGCAAGUUGUUUUUUGCAAUGAGCGGAAAUUAAAGAGUCUUAAAGUUUGUACUCUGGAAUUGUAAGUAUAAUGUUCAAAUUAGGCUGUUGCGAUAUUGAAAAAAUAUCGAAUAUAUAUCGAUAUCGAAAAAAAUAUCGAUUUUACAAAGAUAUCAAUAUAUAUUGAUAUUUCAAUAUAUCGCAACAGCUUAUAGUUCAAAUAAGAAAUUAUUUUUUGUGUGUCAGUAUGGAUAUGAAUUUGUGCAGCUUCGUUUGAAUCAAGCUUCAUUUUGGGGCAAUAGAACAAGCUUGGGUUUGACUGUGAUAGUAUUUUAAAUUAAUAUAAUUAAUUUGUUUGUUCCACAGGUGGGUUUUUCUCAAAUUUAUUUUCAUCCUUGUUUGGUUCAAAAGAAAUGAGAAUUCUUAUUCUUGGCUUGGAUGGAGCAGGAAAGACCACUAUACUAUAUAGGUAAUUGUAUAGUAAGCUUAAGAAUUCAAGCAAUUGGUCAAGAGCCGGCAUGAUCUAUUAGAGGACAGGCACACAGAAUUACGUCUCACAAACUUGGUUUUGUGCAGCCAACUACAAUUCAGCAUGUGACUUAUGCUAGCCAAUAGCAUUUUCUUAUUAAUAUACUUCAUGUACUGUACGCAUGAUAUUUGUCAAAUUUGAACUGUUUCAAUUUUCUAAAUGUUUGGGUUGAACAAAAAAAAACUAUUUGCUUGUUUAAUUUGUUUAUUUGCUUUUUAUUUUAACAUUAAACAAAUAGAUAAGACUUUGCUGCUGUCUGUUCAGAACUUUAUAGAUACACAAUAUGAGAAUAUGACAUAAUGUGGUAAGAACAUCAGUGAGUGUGGCUCGUGGGCACUUUUGUUCUUACGUCAUACAGUACUCUGUAUACAUAACUGAACAGACAAUGGAAAAAUGUUACAUGUUCCAUUUGUUACAUAUUUCAUGUUGUUGUGUUAACUCUGUCUAGUAUGUACAGUAGAAGUUGUGGUGUGGUGACCACACUUGCCUUUCAAACUCAGAGCCCCGGUUCAAUCCUUGGUAGGGCAUCUACGUUAAAAUUGUAGGUACCUCGGACCCCUAACACUGGAAAAAAAAGCGAAAUCCAUACUGCGAAAUUUGCAAUUGCACGACUAAACCCAUAGUAUAUCCAUACUAUUUCCAUACUGUAUCCACACUAUGGAAAUAUACAAUUAUUAUGGAUAACCAAAAUUCAUUCUAUUUCCAAUAAAGGUCCAUACAAUUUCCAUUCUAUGAACUUGUAUGGAUUUUCAAAAUUUUUUCCAGUGCAUUCAAUUGGGCAAUAGCCUGCUCACCAAUGAGUCAGAAAAACUCAAUAAACAAUUUAACACUUUCCCUGCCAGACGUUUUCAGAAAAUUCUAGACCCAAUUUGACUCAUUAAUGCACAAGACUCAACCCUUGACAACUUAAGUAAAAUCAUCUGCCAUUAGACAGAGUGAAAAAAGAUAAAGUUGGGUGCAUUUAGAUGCAUUGUGCAAUAAUUAGAAUAAAGUUUUAUCUUUUUUAAAACAGGCUUCAAGUUGGUGAAGUCGUGACAACAAUUCCAAGUAUGUGUUAACGGUGAACUGCACCAUUAUGAUAUUAAUUUCUCAGACUCUGCUGAAUGUACAUGAUAUUUUCUUUACAAUAAAAUGUAUUAAUUGUACUUGAAACGUAGGUUGUCACAUAAUCAAGUUGAAAUGUUGAAUUUAAUCUUUUUCAGGUUGUUCCGACACAAACCACUGUAGCAGCAGCUUUCUGUCGGAACAACAUGUAAAAGAUUAAAUUAAACAUUUCAGUGUGUCUAGAGAAAGUCUUUUGUCCUGAGGUUCAUAGGCAUUUAAACUGGUUCAAUUGUUCUUUAGUCGGACUUGAAAAUCUUGUAAUUCUACUUAAAAAUGAGGCAAAUGAUUAAAAGGAAGCGCGACCCGUACGACUACAGUCACUACACUGUACGCAUAUUAAAAUUGACAUCUUAAAAACGUCUUAACUGUUGUCUUGAAAGUUUUUCGCCGUCGGCCAGCCCUGUCCUCGUUAGCCUGCAUGGCAGCCAAUUUUAGGAACCGCCUGCCAUGCAGGCUAUGUCGACGUCGGGCAAAUUUUUGUCUGCCCCCUAAUUCCAGUACCGUAACGUCCGUUAUACUUUCAAAAGUUGAUGCUACUAUAAAGGUAAUGCAUCCUUGUAUCAUAUACUGCUAACAGUACUUUGAUUUUUGAAAGAUUAAGGAAAUUCUAGUCCUCUUUUCACUACGUUUUUAAAACGAAAUCUUGUCAAGAUCUUGUAGUCAGAAUUUCAAGCAGUUCAGCUGGAGAGCCGAUAGCACAAUAUUCCAAUAAAGACAAGUGUGUCCGACUCAGUAAAUGAGACCAAAGGCUUAAGGCUGAUUUCCACUGUUGCGUUUUUCAUACGUACGUAUACGCACGUAAAACUUUAAAUCCGUUUAAUUAGUAUGCAUUUGUUAACUUAUUUGUAAAAUAUUUAAAAAAUAGAAGGAUUCAAAGUUUUACGUGCGUGUACGUGCGUACGAAAAACGCAACAGUGGAAAUCAGCCUUUAGCAAAUAAUCUGCAUGAACAAGCUUUCGUUGGUAGGGACGCAACUACCUGAAAAAUAUAAGGAGAACUUUGAUGUUUCAAAAUUCUCCUUAUAUUUUCAGGUAUAGUUACAUCCCUACUAACGAAAACUUGUUCAUAUUAUUGGCAAUACUGGCACAGACAGUUUAACGUUUUGGAGAGUGUAACUCCAUCUUCAGGUUUAAAAAUUGGUGCAAUAUAUAAAACCUUUCAAUUUGUUAUACUGUAUAUAUACUGUAGUGACUGCACUGAAAGAGUUGUUUUUUCUGGAUGUGUUUUUUUCUAGCAAUUGGUUUCAAUGUUGAAACAGUUACUUACAAGAAUCUGAAGUUUCAAGGUAAAACAUUUCUUGUGCUAUGUCCCAAACAAAAGAACUGCACGUGUAUAAAACUAUGGGUAUGGACCUCACAAUUAAUAUAGAAAUAAACUUUCAUUUAUAAAAACUAAAGUUUAAUCUGGGUUAUAUUAAUCAAUGGGCAAUUUUAGAAAGCUUGAAAAAAUCAUUAUCCGGUGCCGGUGGAUAGAAGAUGGGCACAGCGUUGCCUGGCCUUCGUACAGCCUGCUAACUUUUGUAUUGCUUGCGGAAAUUCCUACCACAUUUAGGCCGAAAAUGGUCGCACGCAAUACAAAAGUAUACAAAAUUUGCGAACUUUGCAAGGCUAUAUUUUCCACAUUUUACAACAUUUCGCAACCAAAUUUUGUAAUUUUACUAAUUUUAGUAACUAUGCUCUUUCUAGCUGUGGUGAUUUAUUUGCACCUCCUUGCCUAGUUUUAAAAUUAGUCUAUAAUGGGAAUUGUCUAUUAACAUUCAAGGCCUUUGCAUGAUAUCGGCUCAAACCCUUUUCUUGGCAAUUUUGUUGUAUAGUAGCUAUAGUAUGUGGUAGUUCAUCAAAUUUAGUCGCCAUUUCAAAAUAAUUUUGUGGAGGAAGCAACUUGUGAAAUUUUGAAGCAACGUUUUAAAUUAUGCCCAAUGUCAGGUUGAAUAUACAGUAGAUAGAUUUUAUUUAGGAGGGCAAGAGUUUUGGCAGCGAUAUUUGUGGUUAUAAAGUAUUAGCGGGAAAAUAGUAAUAGUGAGAAUCGUUUGGUCAAUUCACAAGUUCUCUGGCGUUCACGGACGUUUCACUGACGUUGGCAACUUGAGCAAAUCACUAAAAGGUCUAUUAAUAUUACGUAUUGUUAUAUAGUUUGUGUCAAAGUUCAAUUUUUCUGUUUGCCGAUUGGUCAAAACCGUGUCACGUGCCGGUCCACAAAACAUCAUGUUCGGCAACCGGUCCGCAAUCAAACAUUUAUUGACCGGUCAAUAAUAAAAUGGGUGCAAUACGCAUGCGUGUCAACCAUGAAGUUCCAAGGUUCAUUUUUAAAACUUACUAAAUAUUUACGGCGUUCCAUUUAUCCAGUUUUGGUUUCCAAUUAAGUUCACUCCAAUAACCGGUGAAUUAUCCAUACUUUGACACUUAUAUACUAUAUAACAAAACACUUAUUUACUGAGACCUCGGUCUGUUUCCGUCGGUCUCAGACCUCCCUGUUUCCCUCGACCUCCCUGUUUCCCUCGGUCUCAGUAAAUAAGUGAUAAGUAUUUGCAUGUUUAUUACAGAACGUUUUUCAUUUCUUUUUUUAUAUAGUAUGGGAUUUAGGAGGUAAGUGACUUAUAAUCUGUGUAUUUCUACUCUAAUUUGUUUUGUUAUUAUAAUUAAACAAACCUCGAAAAAAACUAAUAUUCAAGACAGUUUUUUGACCUGACUUAUUCAUGCCACGGGCUUCAAUUGUUAAAAAGCGGUGGGUGCAUGGUAGGGGAAUUGUGUGAACAGCGUGGCACACAUGCAUCUGAGCUCAACAAACCCUCCGAGUCCUUCCUCGGAGCAGGGUCUUAGCUAGAAGGCCGUGUUGGCCGUGUUAUCGCGGCCAAAAGAGGGGAAACACGGCUAGAUAAAAUGAACGCGGCUUCACUAUUUAUAUAAGGCCGUGUACAGUAGGUUCAUAAAAUAAGGUGGUGCUACAGUACUUACAACAGACAGAACUUCUUCCAAUUUACGCCGUAAGAAAGUUUGUAAAAUCUACUGUUGUUGAAUUGGCAAAGUGAUCCGUGAUGUUUUAAUGUUUUGAUGGAUAAUGCAUGGGAACUGUAUGGUGUUAAUAUGGUUUUAAAUUCCCCCUGGAUUCGCUGAAAUAACUUAAUAUUUUAAUGUCAGUGCGCAAUAUGAGCGUAUGCUCGCCUUGUAUUUGGUUGCAAAGCAUAGAACAACCACAGGCAUUGUUGUUGGCGAGCAUAACUAAAACCGUGAUUUUGCUAUUCAAGGUAUUCGACAUGUGCACGCCCUGGUCAUUAGAAACACGCCCAAGAUCUAAAAUCCUAGCUAAGACCCUGCCUCAGAGUCACCUCGAUGCAUCCUAUUGGCCAGUAAGAAUGAAUCAUGGAAUAUAUACACUGUCAUAUAAAUGAACACACAGAACAACUCGUGAUUUUAUUGCAUGAACACAUUUAACAGUGUAUGGUCAAGUGUUAUUGCAGCUGUAUAUAUAAUGUUAAACACAGAUCUAACGAAAUAUUUUCUCAUUCUCACCAGGUCAAACAAGCAUAAGGUAAGAUGCAUGUUUUGAAUAUCUUUGCUCUGUUAACUACAGAUUGCUACGUCAAGCGCAAAGAAUUUGAUUCAGUGACUGACAGUUCAACAAAUAGAGCAAAUUUUCAAAAGAAUUGUGCACGGUGAAGCCGUCUCAACAUAAAUUCGUAGCUCAUUAUAGACGCUUGGACAUUUAUCACAGGGUUCGUACAAAACUUGAAAAUCCUUGAAUUUGGAAACAAAAGUCCAAGGCCUUGAAAGUCCUUGAGUUUAUAAAGAUGUGCUUGAGAGUCCUUAUAUUGUCUUGCUUUAGUGGAUAUUUUCUAAAAAUCUGAAAUUGUUUGGCAUUAAGAAUUGGACAUUUUGUAAAUUGAUUUUGUUCAUGUCUUGCUAAGGCCACAAAACUGUUUGAAAUUCAUAUAAAGAUGGCAUUUGAACAGUUUAAAGUCAUUUUUUACUGAUUUCUAACGCCGCCUUUUCAGCCUUAGUUCUUGAAUUUCCUGAUAGAUGACCUUGAAAGUCCUUGAAAAGUCCUUGAAUGCAACUCUUCCUGACAUGUACGAACUCUGUGAUCAAGAUGUUGGGCAUCUCGCUCGAUAGACCUAACAGUUGAACGGGUUUUGUAAAUGGAAAUUUCGAGCGGAUGAUUGCAUACAAUUUUCAGACCUAACCAGGAGAAGUUGCGAAGAAUGCAACUACUGCAUGUAUAUAGGUCCUCAGGCAGGAAUCAAACCUGCUGCGAUUCUGCGAUUCCUUGCUGCGAUUCCUUUCUAUGCCAUACUCUGAAAUAUGCCAUACUCUGAAAUAUGCCAUACUCUGAAAUAUGCCAUACUCUGAAAUAUGCCAUACUCUGAAAUAUGCCAUACUCUGAAAUAUGCCAUACUCUGAAAUAUGCCAUACUCUGAGGCAGUGCUGUAAGUAACUUCGUUACAAGUAACGAAAUUACAAGUAAUCGUUACUUUUUGAGUAACUGUAAUGGUAACUAGUUACCUUUAAAAAUAAGGUAACUGUAACUGUAACGAGUUACAUUUUGGCCUAAAAUGAAACGAUAACGCGCUACUUUUAUAGCCAACGUUUACGUUACUUUUUUCGUUACAUUCUUGCGGUUAAAACUUACAAUUCACCUCUCAGUUCUCGAAAUUCUCCUCACCGUUUUCUACGACAAUGCAUGCUUCAGUGCUUAACACAACUGAGAGACCCAUUAGUGGUAAGGUUACAUAACGUUUACAAAUAAUUAACGUCAAUCUGCUGACCACUAAUCAUUAAGUUGAAAAAACUGGGUUUUUCUUACUUGAAGUAACUUGUAACUAGUUACAAAAAUAUUGAAGUAAUUUUGUAACGGCAACUAGUUACAUUUUUUUAAGUGUAACUUUUACCAGUAACUAGUUCCUUUUUUGGGAAUGUAACUGUAACUGUAACUAGUUCCAAAAAAUAAGUAACUUUUACAGCACUUCUCUGAAGUAUACCAUACUCUGAAAUAUGCCAUACUCUGAAAUAUGCCAUACUCUGAAAUAUGCCAUACUCUGAAGUAUACCAUACUCUGAAAUAUGCCAUGCGCACUCUGAAAUAUGCCAUACUCUGAAGUAUACCAUACUCUGAAAUAUGCCAUACUCUGAAAUAUGCCAUACUCUGAAAUAUGUCAUACUCUGAAAUAUGCCAUAUACUCUGAAAUAUGUCAUAUACUCUGAAAUAUGCCAUAUUCUGAAAUAUGCCAUACUCUGAAAUAUGCCAUAUACUCUGAAAUAUGCCAUAUACUCUGAAAUAUGCCAUACUCUGAAAUAUGCCAUACUCUGAAAUACGCCAUACUCUGAAAUAUGCCAUACUUCCUAUGCCAUACUCUGAAAUAUGCCAUACUUCCUAUGCCAUACAUAACUCUGAAAAUUGUAUGUAAUCUUUCGCUCGAAAUUUUCAUCUAUAAAACCCCUUCAGUUUUGACGUUUCCCGAGUUUCUAUGGCCAUCUCUAUUGACAGUGGUUAAACAUUGCUAGAGAAUAAAAACCCCAAGUAUCAGUUGUUCACAAUUAGUAAAAAUGCACCAUAGCAAGUUUAUCAGUGGGUCACAUGUACUCGUGGGUCUCGCUUUUAUCCCAAUCCAGUUUAAUUCUUCUUAUCGCAGACCUUACUGGCGGUGUUACUAUGCCAACACGGAUGCAGUUAUUUAUGUGGUAGAUAGUGUUGAUCGAGAUAGGAUUGGGAUUUCUAAGCAAGAACUUUUAUCAAUGCUUGAG